CUAAUUUUUAUACAGCAGAGAAAGAGAGAGGAUACAAAUAUAAAAGAAAGAAAGAAAGAAAGAAAAAAAGAAAAAGAGUUUGUCUUUUUAUUUGUAUUGCAUUGAAUUCAUUUCUUUCUUUUUCUUUGGCACCAUUGAAUCUUUCCUCUCUCUCGACUCUAUAUUUCUUUGUUCAUAAAAGAUGAUGAUCUUGAAAGGAGGAAUUGAAACAAGGCGGUUAUGUCAUUAAUGGGGUUUUCAUGGGCAUUUCAAGGAGUUGUAGUAGGAGAAACAGAAAAUCAAGCAGAAGAAAGAAAGCUUGUUGACAGCUCUUUCAUGGCUAGUAAUAAGGUCAUCAAUAAUCACUCAACACAAUUAGAACAUCAACAACAACAGCAACAACAAAAUCAUCAUCAUCACCAUCAUCAUCAGCAACAACAUCAUCAUCAAUUACAGGAACAUCAUCAUCCACAUCAGCAGCAGCAGCAAAUUCCUUAUGGAAUGUUGCAAUCAUCAUCAUCAUCCUCAAUCCCUGGAAGCUUUAUCAGAAGCAAAGAUGCUGGAGCAUAUGACUUGGGAGAAUUGGAUCAAGCACUUUUUCUUUAUCUUGAUGGACAAGACCCUUCUGCUGUUCAAGACCAAAGACAGAGUAAUACUGGAAUGAGGCCUCCAACUUUGAACAUUUUCCCUUCUCAGCCUAUGCAUGUAGUAGAGCCAUCAUCAGCAAAGACUAAUACUCCAGGAUUAGUUUCUUCAGCAACUAGUGGUUCAAAGAGACCAUCAGAGCCGUCCAUGGAGUUGGCCAACGCAAGAAAUGAUGUUGCAUCUGCUCCUGAACCAGCUAAAACUCUCAAGCGUGAAGGGAACCGCAAAGGUCCAACCACUUCAAGCUCAGAGCAAGAAGGACCUAAGACACCAGACCCAAAGACACUUAGAAGACUUGCUCAGAAUAGAGAGGCAGCAAGGAAAAGUAGGCUAAGAAAAAAGGCUUACGUUCAGCAGCUAGAGUCAAGUAGAAUUAGGCUAACCCAACUUGAACAAGAGCUACAAAGAGCUAGAGCUCAAGGCCUUUUCUUUGGAGGAGGAGGAAAUCUUCUGGCUGGAGAUCAAGGUCUUCCUGUAGGUAUCAACAACAUCAGUUCAGAUGCUGCUGUAUUUGACCUGGAGUACGCAAGAUGGGUAGAGGAGCAUCAUCGUCUCACAUGCGAGCUUCGAGCAGCAGUACAGGAGCAUUUACCUGAGAACGAGCUUAGGCUCUUUGUGGACAACUGCUUAGCUCAUUAUGACGAGGUGAUGAACCUCAAAAGCAUGGUUGCCAAAUCCGACGUCUUCCAUCUUGUUUCUGGCAUGUGGAAGACUCCGGCUGAACGUUGCUUCAUGUGGAUGGGAGGUUUCCGGCCGUCGGAGCUCAUCAAGGUUAUACUGAACCAAAUCGAGCCCUUAACAGAGCAACAAAUAUUAGGUAUAUGUGGAUUACAGCAAUCAACACAAGAAGCCGAAGAAGCCUUGUCACAAGGACUUGAAGCUCUCAAUCAAUCUCUAUCUGAUACAAUAGCCUCUGAUUCAUUGAGCUGCCCUCCUAACAUGGCUAAUUACAUGGGCCAGAUGGCUGUAGCCAUGAACAAGCUUUCUACACUUGAAGGUUUUGUUAGACAGGCAGAUAAUCUGAGGCACCAAACCCUUCAUAGGCUGCAUCAAGUAUUGACAACCCGGCAAGCUGCAAGGUGUUUUCUGGCCAUUGCCGAGUACUCUCAUCGUCUUAGAGCUCUGAGCUCUCUGUGGUUGGCUCGUCCACGGCAAGAAUAAUGGAAGAAACCCUAGCUAGAACAAUAUAUAUUAGCCACUUUCAUAUAUAAAUAUCUCUUCUUAUCAAUUAUAUAUUUUAAAAAAGAAAUACAUGUCUUUCAUCUGAUAGAAUUAAUUAUAUAUUCCUUUUGCUUACUUUCUGCAGAGAUCGAUGUAUAGACAGAACAAAAGGUAGAUUAAAUUUAAAAAAAAACAGUAGAACUUUCUUUCCCUUCAUUUUGGUCUCUUCUUGGAUUAGGAUUUUAAAAUUCAGUGAAGCAAUGAUUUGGCAGCCCUUUUUGACUGGAAAUUAACAGAGAGAAGUAACCGAAGAGGAAGAAACAGGCAGGCAUUGAAAAUAGAGAAGAAGGAAGAAGAAAGAUUGAUCUAGUUCUUUUUUUUUUUUUCUAUUAUUUCUUUUUUAAUAAUUUUGUUUGUAAUUGUAAGAGUAAGACCAAAACUAUAUUGUUCCAGUAGAAGCCGAGUGUUAGAAAGUUUUGAAACCUCAACGUCCAUUUGUCCUAUUUGUGGUUGUGGUGUAGCUGCAUGCAUUGGUUUUUCUUUUUUCUUUUCUUUAUGUAGGUUCAUACUCACAACUAUACAAGCUUUUUGCUUUUUACUUC